AUGAUUAAAUUACAUAAUUAAGUUAGUAUAUCUUUAUUUAAAAAAUUGCCAAUAUUUAACUUUUCAAGAAUAAUAAGUCAUUUAAGAGGAGAAUGCAAUAUAUACCGAUAAUACAAAAGAUGUAAAUUUAAGAGGAACUUUCUUAAAAGGAAAAUACAAUGACUUACCAAAUUUAAUAUUUUUUACUGAAGCAUGUGAUUUAACUCAAAAUUGGAUUCCUUUUUUCACUAACCCUAACCAUUAAAUAUUAGAUUACAGAAAUGUAUGGCUAUUAAAUCCUAGAAAUUUUGGAAACUCAGAUAGACAUCCUUCCUUUGAUUUAUCUGAAUAAGCAGAUGAUGUAAUGAGAUUUAUGUAUUCAUAAAAAAUAUCUACUGCAACACUUGCAGGACAUGGUAUUGGAGCUAAAAUUGCUCUUGCAACAGGUUGCUAUCAUUCCGAAAGAGUAACUGGUGUUUUUUGUAUUGAUAGUUCUCCUAUGGAUUAAAGAUAUCAUGAGUCUUUUAAAGAAUUUAAAGGAUAUAUUAACGAAUUAACUUAAAUUGACUUUAAUACUUGGCAAUAAAAAGAUAUUUUAUUAUUUUUAAAAGAUAAAAUAAAAGAUCCUAAAUGGAGAAGUAUUUUUUCAUCAAAUAUAGUUUAAAAUGCUAAAGGACAAAAUUAAUUUGGUUUCGAAUUAUAAUAUCUUAACCAUAAUUUACAAAGAAAUAAAGCUGAUUCUUUAGGACAUUGGGUAGAAAAGCAUGGUAUGUUUACAGGAAGAGUUAAUUUUAUCUUCCCCGAAUAUUCAAGAUGGGUCCAUCUUGCAACAAAUACACUUCCUAUGUAUAAAGUUUGUGCAAGAGUUAAAGGUUUUGGAAAAGAUAUAUUCUAUAUAUAAGGAGAUGAAAAUCCUUUAAAUCAUUGGAUUUAUGAAUUUGAGGAUUCUUAAUAAAGUGUUGCUCAUAGAUUUUUGAAAUUUAUAACAGCUUAUGAUGGUGUACAUAAUCUUUUAUAAGACAGGUCUGAAGUAGGUAAAUAUUGUAUUCCUGAUAGAAAACAUUCCAGAACUCAUAUUAGUUAAGCUAGUCAUGUUUAUGGAGAUUAUACACCUGCUCAUUUACAUCAUAAUUGGAGAUUUAACAAUAUUUAUGAGGAACAUGAUAAAAUGGACUAAUAAUUAAAGAAAUGA